AUAUAAAGGCUUCACUCACAACCUCGAUUGAAAUCCUCCAAUCAUCUGAGUUUUUUUUUUUUUUUAAAGCAAGUAUGAGCAGUCUGGAUCAAGACCAACUUCUCCUUCCUAACUGCCUUGACAAAACAAAAGUCUCUAGUGAUCCAUCAGACAGCCAUGAGCCUGCCAAGCAACCACUCCAUGGUCUAAAAUUGGCAUCACAUUUGGUUCUGGAGACAGCACAGCAGAGGGGCCGAUUAAAAUGUUCUAAAUGUGGUGGAUCACGGAUGUUCUUCUGCUACACAUGCUGCUCAUUAGUGGGUGUCAGCCAGCAAGAAAUCCCCUUCAUUAAGCUUCCUGUGAAGAUUGACAUCAUCAAGCAUCCAAAUGAAACCGAUGGCAAGAGCACUGCCAUCCAUGCCAAGAUCCUCGCUCCCAAUGAUGUCACUAUUUACACGUAUCCCUGUAUACCGGAGUUUGAAAUGGACACAGUGGUGUUGGUGUUUCCUGGUCCAGGGGCCGUCACAGUGAGAGACAUGAUGCAGUGUUUACUUGACAGGGCCAACAGGUCACUUGACUCCUGUGAUGAACCGUGCCUGAAGAAACAGAAGACUGCGCACUUUCAAGAUGCCACACACAGCACCGAAAACCCAGCUGAACCUGGGAACUUGAAGUCAAGAGUGCAACCACCCCACAGGGUGGUCUUCAUUGACAGUACCUGGAACCAAACCAACAAAAUCAGCACUGACGAGAGGCUGCAAGAUUUGCUCCAGGUAGAACUGAAAACGAGGAAAACAUGUUUUUGGCGCCAUCAGAAAGGAAAACCAGACACCUACCUUUCAACCAUAGAGGCCAUAUACUAUUUCCUCAGGGACUACCACGAGCAUUGUCUUGCUCAGAAAUACCGUGGAGAAUAUGAUAACCUUCUCUUCUUCUACUCCUACCUGCACUCAGUUAUCACCAAAGCCAAGACCACUGCUGGAAAAAUAUGAAUAAUAAAGACUGAGGACUGACGGUCACACGAACAGGAGAUAAAUCUGCAGGGCUCACGAAUGUUUGUUUUAUUUUGUAUGGGAUACUGUAAGACACAGUGAAAUACAAAUGAUUUCAUUGUUUAUUUAUAUAGUACCAAUCCUAAGACCUCUCAAAGCACUAUGGUCUACAGCCUAACCCUUACCUGCUUAUUUAGCAAUUGCAAUGACAAGAAAUAAUUCAGUAAUGUAUAUUUAAAAAAUGUCUUAGUUGCAGUAAUGACCCCAAAAUAUCAUCACAUAACCUCAUUGAAGCCAUUUAUAGAUGAACUGGAAAUAAUGUAGACAUUUUUAGGGUAGCUGCCAGAAAAUAAGGUAUACAAGGUAUUGGGGGUCUCGUGGUUAAGUGUUGGGCUUGAAACCAGAGGAUCAUUGGUUCAAAUCCCAGCCUGACCAGAAAAUCACUAAGGGCCCUUGGUGUGUAGUGAGUACCUUGUAUGGCAGCACCCUGACAUCCGGGUGAAUGUGAGGCAUUAUUGUAAAGCGCUUUGAGCAUCUGAUGCAGAUGGUAAAGCGCUAUAUAAAUGGUCCAUUUAUACAUGAUCUGAAGAUUUUGCUUGCUGAGUGAUGGUGCUUCUUUUGGACAAACUGUUGGUGCUCUGUGCAGUGAGCUUGGGGCACUCUCCUGCCUUGGUUACUGGUCCAGCAUUGCUUACAUACA